UCAAUAAAUCCUAAUUGUGCCGCAGAAUGCAAGAUUACGGCACACUAUUAGCCAGCAGCCAGCGGGGUGCAGAAGAGUCUAAAACCAGUAAAGUCAGUAGCCGCAAAGAGAAAUAUUCGCUGCGUGAACGCCAAAAGCGUCGACUUGGAUUAGCCAGUGUGGUCGAGUUGCCGAAACGUUCAAACCACAAGGAUGACAGCGAAGCGACCACAGGACCGCAGCGCACACAAAACACUACAACGUCCAAGUCGAAAGCGCCGCCACUUAGUAAAUAUCGUCGAAAAACCGCCAAUGCGCGCGAACGUACGCGCAUGCGUGAAAUCAAUUCAGCGUUUGAGAAUUUGCGGCAUUGUGUGCCGCAAAGCAUCGCAGUCGAUGAGGCGGGACCCACAAAUGAGAAGCUGACGAAAAUAACGACGUUGCGUUUGGCCAUGAAAUAUAUCAGUUUGCUAACGGAGGUGCUGAAUAAUCCCAACUUUAAAGGUGAAUUGCCACUAGACUUCCUAUAUGGUAAUGAAGAGCCAGUGAUAAAGCAGAAAGUCGCCUCCAAGCCUUUGAAAACACAGUCGAAAUCUACAACCGCAGCGUCGAAAAAUAACAAGCCUUCAAAUAAGGCGUCAACAGGACGUACAACGGCUAGCGCUGUGUUGCAAAAACCGCCCAAACGUUUGGGUAAACGUAAAAAGAAGGAAUUAAAGUCACCGCUGAUAACGCAGCGUAAUAGCUGUAACACCACGCCAGAAUCAAGCCGUGCCACGUCAAGUACAGCCACUUCUGCUUCUUCUUUUGUUACCUGCAGUGGAGAUUCACUCUCAUCACACUCUUCUAGCUUCCUCGAUAGUAUAACCAGUCCAAGUUACUCCAAUGGCUUUGUGCCAUCCAUGUCCGAGCUGAAUAGCCUAAUACUAGAAUCUGAUGGCGAAUCGCUGCAUCUUUCCGAUCCCUGUCACAGUCCAUUGCAAGACAAAUUCGAUAGGCUCUUUGGCAGCGCUAAUGUUUUGGAGGGCAAGUCGGCUGUGGACCAUAAUAUUUUAGGUGAUAUCGAUGCGCCUUUGGAGCUGAGCUUACAGUUUCUUGGCACAGCGCCAGAGUCGUUGGACUUUUCAAUGGAACAACCGCCAACGACAUGCAUUAGUCCCUUAGUGGCAUUGGAUACAUUCAAUCCGUUUAGUGAUUUUCUGCAUCCAGAUUAUCCAGAACAAGCAUCACUGGAUUUAUUUCUGACAUAACCCGAGGUGUCUUAUUUAGCAGCCUCUGCCAUCGCAAUACCUAUACAUUAUCUAACUUAGUUUGAAUUAUUUCACUUGAUCGACGAAGCUUUAAAUCAAUAAAGCUUGUCCCUCAACCAUUUCACGUGGCCAUCACUAGUAUUUCAUGUUAUUUCUUAUAGAUUAUAAUUUAAUAUUUGUUUUUUACUGAACUUAAUGAAAUAUUGAUGCAUUUAACUCAACUGAACUGAAGAUGUAUGAGCAAGUAAAAAUUUACUUACAUAAAUACUCUAACAACAAUAUGAUCUGUAUUGAAUUAUCCUUUCAUGUCCCUUUUAAGCGGAGUUGACUGUGUUUUGUUUAACUAUUUUUCAUUUUUUAUGUAAUUUAUUAAGAGACUUAGCUAACACAUUGAGAUUGUUUGUUUUUAAUUGAUAAUGAGGAAAAUAUUUGUAUGCUAAAAUUUAUCUACUGAAAUAUUUAUUUCUUAUUAACAGAUUAUUCUUUAUAAUUGUUGAAUUUUUUUUAUAAUAAUGUAUACGCAAAUUAUUUAAGCUGGCAUAAAUAGUAACAAAUGUUUUAACACAACUACUAAAAAUUGAAUAAAAAGUCAAUAAAAACGAUAAAAAAA